AUGGCGCAAGGUAAACCACACUACAAACUCACCUACUUCGACAUCAAGGGAUUGGGCGAGCCAAUACGCUUGUUGUUCGCGUACGUCGGUCAACCGUACGAGGAUGUACGCGUAACGAUCGAGCACUGGCCGAAAGUAAAGCCAAGUAAGGACAUGCCUUUCGGACAGGUGCCGCUGUUGGAGGUGGACGGCAAACAGCUGACCCAGUCGGCUUGCAUCAUGCGUUAUUUGGGGGAACAGUUUGGUGAGUAUCCGCCUGCCGUUGCUUCGGACAUGUUCUCCAUUCACAGGUCUGAUGCCGAAGACUCAGUGGGACAAAGCGAAGGCUGA